AUGACCUGCUGUACUAUGGCACCUCCUGAUAUCAAUCUCGCCGGUCCAUCUCGUCACCCGCAGCAGUCGAUCGCCAUCGACAGCUCCUGCAAGACCUUCGCGCCGAUGGCUGCUCCUUACAUCGCUCUGCCCCACCAGCAGCGCCUGCGAGCCGACACGCCUCCUCUCGACGAUGAGCUCGACUACAUCAAGCCGUUCAACGGCCACAAGCCCAUCUUCCGCGGCGAUUUUGACUCGCAACUGAAGCGUGUCCUCAAAGACAUCGACAUUCACGACUGUGAAGCCAACGGAGAGAAUGCCUUCUUCGUCGCCGACCUUUCCGAGGUGUACCGCCAGCACCUCCGAUGGAUGCGCGCUCUUCCGCGCAUCGUGCCUUUCUACGCCGUCAAGUGCAACCCGGAUCCGUACGUUUUGCAGCUCCUCGCUGCGCUCGGCACCGGCUUCGACUGCGCCUCCAACGCCGAGAUCGAAGCGGUGCUCAAGCUCGGCAUCAACCCCGCCAGGAUCAUCUACGCCAACCCGUGCAAGGCUGCCAGCUUUGUGCGUCACGCCGCGGCGCACAACGUCGGCCUGACCACGUUCGACAACAUGGACGAGCUGGACAAGAUGAAGCGCUACCACCCGGGCUGCAAGCUCGUGGUGAGGAUUCUGACGGACGAUUCCAAGAGCGCGUGUCAGUUGGGGCUCAAGUUUGGCGCUCCGUUGGCGUCGGUGCCUCGUCUGUUGGAGCGGGCGCGCGAGUUGGAGCUGGAUGUGGUGGGAGUCAGUUUCCAUGUGGGUUCCGGAUGUUAUGAUCCCGACUCGUUCCGUGACGCUGUGUAUCGCGCACGGAGCGCCUUUAAGAUGGGGAAGGACGCGGGGUACACCUUCGAUCUGUUGGACGUUGGAGGUGGCUUUGGUCAUGACAACUUUGAGAUGGUCGCGGGGGUCCUGGGACCUGCAAUCGACGCAUACUUCCCGGACGAGGACUUUGCUCCCGGGGGCAAGGAGGUGGUCGGCAAGGCGAACGGGCUGCGCAUCAUCGCGGAACCCGGUCGUUUCUACGUCCACUCCGCCUUCGCUCUCGCCACCAACAUCAUCGCCGCUCGUCGAGGCGAGCCCAACACCGCCAUCGCCGACGCCGAAGCAUCGGCUCCCACCAAACCCCAAGUCAUGUACUACCAGAACGACGGGCUGUACGGUUCGUUCAACUGCGUCAUCUUCGACCACGUCACUGUGCAUCCCAAGGUGCUGACGUUGGGACACGAGUACGCGUACGAACCGCGCGUCGCGUCUCCGGGCGUGAGCGUCGGUGUGCACGACUCGGCGGAGGAGGCCGAGGCCAAGACGCUCCAGGCGUGCAGCGUUUGGGGUCCGACGUGCGACUCGAUCGAUUGCGUGCGCGACUUGGUCCUCCUCCCCAAGGGUCUGGAGGUGGGCGAUUGGUUGGUGUACGAGAACAUGGGUGCGUACACCAUCUGCGCCGCGUCUACGUUCAACGGUAUCCGCAGGUCCGAGGUCAGGUACACGCUCGGUGACGGAGACGACGCCGAGACGGUGAGGCAGCUCAUGCUCCAGUGA